UGCGCGUUUGUUGAGCGCGCGUUUCGGUCACCUCGAGACUCGAGAGACGGGGCCAGGAUUAGACCUGGAUACGAUUUAGUUAUAGUCCCUCAUCCCUUCCUUGCCGCCCGCGAAAUAUGCCAAACGCGGAACCAAAAAAAGGCAAAAGCAAAGCGAGUAAAGCGAAAGAGGCAACAUCAGAAGCGGAAGCAACAGCAGCAGUUAAAGGCAAAGCAGGAGCUGAUGCAGCAGCCAAGGCAGUGAGAUCGGAAGCUGGAGCAGAGGAAGCAACUGCCACAGAAGCUGGUGCAUCGACAGCGGAUGAACUGGAGGCAACGCAGUCAAAGGUCAAGACACGUUCCCGCUUCUCGGCCGCCUUUCGCAGUCUGUCCAAGUCGAAGACGCCCAAGAAGGAGCAGGAGCAGCAACCGGUUGCUAGUGGAGCUGAGGACGUGACCAGCAUUGGCGACAUAAGCACCGACAGCGGCAUCAAGGCGGGUCAGAAAAAGAAGAGUUUGACACGGCGUUUGCUGCUCGGCAGUCUGAAGAAAAGCAAAGUGCGUCCACACAGCAUAGCGACCAGCGAUGACAUUAGUGUGAGAAGCAGCAGCAGAGAGAGAUUAGGAGGAGGUGUGAGUGGAAGUUUAAGUGGAGCAGGAGGGGGAGGCAACACAUUGCCAUCGCCCAGCAGCAGCACGCUGCAGAUAACCAUAAGUGGCAAGAAAGUGGAGACGGUCAAAGGCAAACCGAAGAGCAAAAGCAAAAGCCAGAGCCAAAGCAGAGGCGCAGUCAGCGAGACGACAACGGAUUACCUGACACCAACGACAGCAACAGCGACAACAAUUGCUGUUGCAACUGGAGGCGACAAAGCAACAAGCACAACAACGACUGCGACUGCGACACAAUCCACAACUGGCAACAGUCGCACCACAAAGCUAAUUGUGGCCAAGGUGUCCAAAGAGCCAGUUGCCAAGAAGAAGCUCAAAGCAGCGCAGACCGCAGCACAACAACAACAACAACAACACACACUGCCUCUCUUGGAGGAGAAAAUCGUUAUCACCGAGAGCAAGCGAGAUACGCCGCCGCGUGAGCGAGCACCGGCGAAGCCAAGUCGUGCCAACAUUCAGUCGUCAGCCAGCAGCGGAGCAGUGCGCAAGCAAAGUCGCCACGAAUUGAUGCAACAGCAGCAGCAGCAGCAGCAACGCGGACAUCGACUCUUUAGACCCCUAACUACAUUCGACGGCCCAACAACGGCCAGCCCAGCGCAGCCAGUGACGUCGCCAGCGACGCCUCCAAGCCCAGAGCCACUGCCACCCACAUAUCCACCUCCGCCACCGCCACAGCCACCCAGCUCCACAAUCGUUGUGGUCAGUCUCAGCGACGUCGAGGAGUCCAGCCGCAGCACAGACAACGUUUCCCUAGCCGAGAGUGCGAGUCAACACAUCGCGCGCUCGCCUUCGCCUCACAGUCCACACAGCACAGCACCUCAGGUGCGCUUUGCCGUUGGCAGCGCUGUGCGCGGUCCCGCAGCGGACGCCUACGAAGCGGCUCUCGCAGCUGCCGCCUCACAGCAGCCCAGCUCGAACGAGGAGACGAGCGAUUCCAGUUUGCGUCGCCUGAGCUUUGCCCAGCAGCAGUUUGCAUUGAGUGAUCACGACAGCAUCGAGGGAAGGCGUGAAACGUUGCGAUAUCAAUCGGUUGCGAGUGAUUACAACGAGGACGAUUUACGCUCAGACGACGAGGAGGCGGCAGCGGAGGAGCAGGAGGAGCAGAAGGUGGGCAAACCUAUGCCGGCCUUUGGUGAUUUGACCAUGGCACAGGAAAUGGAACCGACCAUCAUGGCGCCCAGCAGCGAGAAGCGCGAACAUCUCUACAAGAUUCUAGUCAUCGGUGAGCUGGGCACGGGCAAAACAUCGUUCAUCAAGCGCUAUGUGCAUCAGUUCUUUAGCCAGAACUAUCGUGCCACCAUUGGCGUUGAUUUUGCCCUCAAGGUGCUGCACUGGGAUGCCAAUACGAUAGUGCGACUGCAGCUCUGGGAUAUCGCUGGCCAAGAGCGCUUCGGCAACAUGACCCGUGUCUACUACAAGGAGGCGGUCGGUGCCUUCAUUGUCUUCGAUGUGACGCGCAGCGGCACUUUUGAUUGUGUCAGCAAGUGGAAGGAGGAUCUGGACUCCAAGGUGCAGCUGCCCGACGGCAGUCCCAUACCCUGCAUAUUGCUGGCCAAUAAAUGCGAUCAGGAGAAACAGGGCAUUGUGACGCAGCCGGAGCGAAUGGAUGAAUAUGUGCGGGAGAAUGGCUUUGCCGGCUGGUUCGAGACCUCCGCCAAAGAGAACAUCAACAUCGACGAAGCCGCACGUGCCUUGGUGAAUAAAAUACUCAUCAAUGACAAACUGAUAGCUGCCGAUGCAAAUGAUGAGGAGAAAUUCAAUCUGAGCACUGCCGGCGAAGCGGGCGCAGAGGCGAAGAACAAAUGCUCCUGCUGACCUGACCCGGCUACAGACAGCAUUACAAUUUAGAUGGGCUUUAAACACACCAAAGUCUGAGCGUGUCCACGAGCAACUUUUUUGAUAAAGAUAAUAACAAUAACAACAAAAAUUAAAAAAAUUAUGCUUAGGAUUUUAUGUAAAGUGUAUCUAAGACUUAGUGUCUCUUCAUUAUCAUGAUCAUUAUCAGCAUCAACAUCAUUAUCGCUAUCCAUUCAUCUCGUUCUCAGUGUGAGAUAUGUGAAAUAGUUUACCUGGCCUGAUCUUAACACCUUGCUUGGCCUGUCUAUAUAAUUUACGAGCGAGCUCAUCUCGGAACUGGAGCGCAGUGCGUGAAUUUAUAUCAUUGCCCAUUUCUUAUCUAUGCAUACAAUACAAUACGAUUAUAUAAUACUUAUAAAUACCAUAUAUCCUACACUAGAGCUCAGAAUCAGAUAGGGCAGCAGCAUCAUUAUACUCUCUCACAUUUGUGUAAAAUACGAAUCGUUGAAUUGUUUUAUGUUUGUUUUGCUUUUGUUAUAAAGAUUUUUAUCUUGCAUUUUUAUACAUACCUACAUACAUAUACGUAAACAUAUUAUAAUACAUAGUACACACCUACUCACAUUCACACACACACGAAAACUCUGCCAUCUUUAUUUGCAUUUAGAUAAAAACACAGAUUACAGCAGAAAAAACAAUUGUGUCUGCACGCAAUCAAAUAAACUUUUUAAUUGUAGUUAAGCCAAA